AUGUUUAGCCAAUCGGAUGCAAUGGGGCGGCCCUACUCUAAGAGUAUAAAAGGCUGUCCUCGAGCCCGUUUCGUCGAUCUUGUUCAUGUAUUUCAGUCUGUGUUCUCACUCCCGAAGCAGAAUGGCCCGCACCAAGCAGCGCACAAAUGGACUGGCGGAAAAGCUCCUCGCAAACAGUUGGCGACCAAAGCGGCGCGGAAGAGCGCUCCUGCCACCGGCGGAGUGAAGAAGCCUCAUCGCUACCAGCCCGGCACCGUGGCUCUGAGGGAGAUCCGGCGCUACCAGAAAUCCACCGAGCUGCUCAUCCGCAAACUUCCCUUCCAGCGCCUGGUCCGGGAGAUCGCUCAGGACUUCAAAACCGAUCUGCGUUUCCAGAGCUCGGCCGUCAUGGCCCUGCAGGAGGCAAGUGAGGCUUACCUGGUCGGGCUCUUUGAGGACACUAACCUGUGCGCCAUCCACGCCAAGCGAGUCACCAUUAUGCCCAAGGACAUCCAGUUGGCCCGCCGCAUCCGCGGGGAGCGCGCCUAA